GGCGCGCGCGCUCACACUAACCUUGGCUCGACGUCAGAGGCUGUGCAGCAGUGCAGUAUAAUGGGAGAGUAGGCAACAUAAAGUGCCUCAUAGGCUGCUAUUGCGAUUCAGCUCUGCUUGGCGCUCUCCGCUGCUCCCCUACCAACGCUCUUCACGUGUGGGUAUCCGGCUGCCCGUGUCUCACCUUCGCUAGGCACCGGCCCAUGUACGGGCCCCCACCGGUUUGUAACGCCCGUCAUGGAUGUCCCGCCGUCUCUUGAACCGGAGGAUCGUUUCUUGGCGCAGUGAAGUAGGGAAUCAUGCCGGGACUGCUAAUGGAUUUAGGGGAAGCGCGAGUGACCAUGCCGUGAUCCUGCGCGUGGGCUGCCAUCACCCUGCCGAAAGACCGUAGACCGAAUUCCGGGCGAAUCAAAAGCGUACGGGGGAUCACCACUGUGCAUUUUACAAACAACAUGAAGAUUACCUCCCCGCUGAUAACUAGUCUCGUUUUCAGGUUCAACCUCAGACUGCUGCUCCCGCUUCUGAUGCUGUUUCUGGGAUACUCUCGCGGGAUGCCGCACGUUUUAAGAUAUGGAGGAAUAUUUGAAUCCAUGGAAAGCGGCCCAUCAGGAGCAGAGGAACUCGCCUUUAAAUUUGCCUUGAACACAAUCAACAGGAACCGUACCCUGCUGCCCAACACCACACUCACAUAUGACAUCCAGAGAAUAAACAUCUUUGACAGCUUUGAGGCCUCCAGAAAAGCCUGUGACCAGCUCUCCCUGGGAGUGGCAGCCAUCUUUGGCCCCUCCCACAGCUCGUCGGCCAAUGCAGUCCAGUCCAUUUGUAAUGCCCUGGGGGUGCCCCACAUCCAGACCAAGUGGAAGCACCAGGUAUCAGACAACAGGGACUCUUACUACAUCAGCCUCUACCCAGACUUCCAGUCCCUCAGCCGGGCUAUCCUGGACCUGGUGCACUUCUUCAAAUGGAGGACGGUCACUGUGGUCUAUGAUGACAGCACAGGUCUUAUUCGGUUGCAGGAGCUGAUCAAGGCGCCAUCCCGAUACAACAUUCGUUUGAAGAUCCGACAGUUGCCGGCGGAGACCAAGGAUGCCAAGCCACUUCUGAAAGAGAUGAAGAAAGCGAAGGAGUUCCACGUGAUCUUUGACUGCGGCCAUGAAAUGGCUGCCUGGAUCCUGAAACAGGCUCUAGCCAUGGGAAUGAUGACCGAGUACUACCACUACAUCUUCACCACCCUGGACCUUUUCGCCCUGGAUAUGGAGCCGUAUCGGUACAGCGGAGUCAACAUGACGGGUUUCCGGAUCCUAAACACGGAAAACUCUCAGGUGUCGUCCAUCAUCGAGAAAUGGUCCAUGGAACGCCUACAAGCCCCGCCCAAACCGGACUCGGGCCUACUGGAAGGAUUCAUGACGACGGAUGCAGCGUUGAUGUUCGACGCGGUGCACGUUGUGGCUGUGGCGGUGCAGCAGUCGCAGCAGAUCACCGUCAGCUCGCUGCAGUGCAACCGCCACAAACCCUGGCGCUUCGGGGGGCGCUUCAUCAGCCUCAUCAAAGAGGCCCAUUGGGAUGGCUUGACUGGACGAAUCCUCUUCAACAGGACCAACGGACUGAGGACAGACUUCGACCUGGACGUGAUCAGUCUUAAGGAGGACGGACUGGAAAAGAUAGGAACGUGGGACCCUCCCAGUGGCCUGAACAUGACGGACAACCACAAGAGCAAGACAACCAACAUCACAGACUCUCUGGCUAACAAAUCCCUCCGUGUCUCCACCAUACUGGUGGAGCCCUACGUGAUGUUCAAGAAGUCAGACAAGCCGCUGUACGGCAACGACCGCUUUGAAGGCUACUGCAUCGACCUUCUCCGCGAGCUCUCAGCGAUCCUGGGCUUCCGCUAUGAGGUGCGCCUAGUGGAGGACGGGAAGUACGGGGCGCUGGAGGAGAGCACGGGCCAGUGGAGCGGCAUGGUCAGGGAGCUCAUGGACCAUAAAGCAGACCUAGCAGUGGCUCCGUUGGCCAUCACCUACGUGAGGGAAAAGGUCAUCGACUUCUCCAAGCCCUUCAUGACACUGGGGAUAAGUAUCCUCUACCGCAAGCCCAACGGAACCAACCCGGGCGUCUUCUCCUUCCUCAACCCCCUCUCACCCGAUAUCUGGAUGUAUAUUCUGCUGGCUUACUUGGGUGUCAGUUGUGUGCUGUUUGUCAUAGCCAGGUUCAGCCCGUACGAGUGGUACAACCCCCAUCCGUGCAACCCAGACUCGGACGUGGUGGAAAACAAUUUUACACUACUCAAUAGUUUCUGGUUCGGCGUCGGGGCUCUCAUGCAGCAAGGCUCAGAGCUCAUGCCCAAGGCCCUGUCCACCAGGAUUGUGGGAGGCAUCUGGUGGUUCUUCACCCUGAUCAUCAUCUCCUCCUACACGGCCAACCUGGCUGCCUUCCUCACCGUGGAGCGUAUGGAGUCGCCCAUCGACUCAGCCGACGACCUGGCCAAACAGACCAAGAUCCUGUACGGAGUGGUGGAGGACGGAUCAACCAUGACCUUCUUUAAGAAGACUAAGAUCUCCACCUACGAUAAGAUGUGGGAGUUCAUGAACAGCCGGCGAUCGUCAGUGAUGGUGAAAGACAUAGACGCAGGAAUCCAGCGCGUGCUCACCUCAGACUACGCCUUCCUCAUGGAGUCCACCACCAUCGAGUUCGUCACCCAGCGCAACUGCAACCUCACCCAGAUAGGAGGCCUCAUCGACUCCAAGGCCUACGGAGUGGGGACACCCAUGGGCUCUCCGUACCGGGACAAGAUCACCAUAGCGAUCCUGCAGCUGCAGGAAGAAGGGAAGUUGCACAUGAUGAAGGAGAAGUGGUGGAGGGGGAACGGUUGUCCGGAGGAUGAGAAAAAUAAGGAGGCUAGCGCUCUGGGGGUGCAGAACAUCGGGGGUAUCUUCAUCGUGCUGGCUGCAGGGCUGGUGCUGUCUGUGUUUGUGGCCGUCGGAGAGGUCCUGUACAAGUCUAAACAGAACGCUGAACUGGAGAAGCGCUCCUUCUGUAGUGUCAUGGUGGAUGAGUUGCGUGGUUCCCUGAAGUGCCAACGGCGCCUCAAACAGAAGCCUCAGCCGCCGGUCAUUGUUAAGACCGAGGAGGUCAUCAACAUGCACACGUUGAAUGACAGAAGACUGCCGGGCAAGGAGACCAUGGCGUGAUGGGGGGCAAAAGGUCAAGGGAAGGUCAAAAACACCCGUCAAGGUCAAAUACACAGCCAGAGGAUCUGGAGGGGUUGAAUGAAUGUUGAUGCAAUGUUAACGUAACCCGAAACUAUAUUGCAUUUGCCCCCAGCUUUGGUAGUAUGGUAGAGAUGUUUCCUGUGGAAAUGUAGACUGUCACCUCACUGUGACCGACGCUUUGUGAAAGAGACUUUUUGGAGGAUUGUGGGGACAAGUUAAAGGAUUGUGAGGUGAAUGGAUCUUUGAGAUGGAUCUCAAUGGGGAUUAAACGGGAAGAACUCAAAAUGCAGGUCUGUUGAGGCUGUCUUCACAGUCAGUGACUCGACACACACACCUGUUCAGAGCAUCACACUACACCUUGAGACCAUAACAUCCCAAGAAAUGAGUUGUUGUUUUUCUGUUGAUGUCAUUUACACUAUUGUCAAAUCUGUGUGUGUGUCCAGUCGAUCAAAAUGGAUCUCACUACAGGUGAUUAUGAUAUGGAAUGUUACAAAGUGCCAAAUGUUGAAUAAGAACUGUAUAAAGAAAAUAGAGAGGAUAGCCAGUUUCUAAAAUAUGUAUUUAUUUCAUUUUAAAUCAUUGAUGUUGAUUGAUCUCCCUAAUACUCAUUGUUUAUCUUCUGUAAUGCCUUCAUUGUGACAAAGUUCGGCCAUCAUAAAGAAGUGACAUAUUACUUUCAAUGCCUCCACAAACAUGCUGUACAGUGUCAAAAAUAAGAUUACAGUCUGCCAUUGGGUGUCAAUAUCCACUGUUUAAAGGCAGGAUUUCUACAACAAAGAAAUUGUUCUUUUUGUAUGCAGACAAAGUUUUGUAGUACUUUCUAUCAGAGUAGCAUUCUCUGUGGACUUCACAUAGUGUAUGUAGCAGGUGCCAACUUGGGUGCCAACUUGGGGUGUCAACUCCUAAUUCUGUCUACUGGUGAUUCAGGGCCCUCCCCCGGUCUGGAGCCUCCUCACUGUGCCGUGUAGGGCCCUUCUCUCCUCCUCUGUCAUAGGGCCACACUGUCUGCUCCAUGGGGCCGUUCUACAGCUGCCUCCCCAUCUCCCUACUAAACCUGGCUUACAUAGCUACACAGUGGUUGUCUCGAUAAUUUGAACUCCUUUUCUCUAUGACCACUGAUCUGGUAGGACUUGACAGGUGGAAGCAAUAUGGUAAAAACCUAUCCAGUCUUUUAUCUAUCAAUGGUCAUGAAAGAGGAAGGGUGUGCUCGUUCAGAGUAGGAUGAAGUUGCCCCUAGAUGCUGAUAGUGGGUCACUUUUGCAUUUUCCCACUAAUGGUUAAAGAGCGGCUGAACUCACUUCAAUAUGUUUCUCUGCUGCUAAUGAAGAAAAACGAGAUUUGAGUCUUGGGGUUGUUGUUCGAUGUGGGUGUGUUAUGUUCACUUUAUCGUACCCUUGCAGUUACUGUUGUUUGUCCCUCUUGAGUCACGAUAGCAACAAUAUAGCCACUAGCACUUCCUCAAAAUAGUCCGAAUUAAUCUAAGAUAAAUCACGAAAUGUGUAAUGAAUUUUGACGUUUUUGCCAAGGAUUUAUUUUCUUUAAUUUUUUUACAUCUUUCUAAGGUUUUGGUGCAGUAUUUCAAAAGAUAAAAUAUGUGCAUGAAAAAGUCAGUGGACUGCAGACAGUAUUGAGACAGCUGCUGCUGUCUGCGCUCAGGACUGAUUUCUGAGAACACGUCUACAACUCAUCAGCAAGCUGUUGCGCUAUCGUAAGUAAAGCACAAGCUGCUACACAGUGUUUAUCAGUGCCCCAAAUCACUAGCUAGAUAAGUUCCAUCUCUGUGUAUGUCAAUGAAGCUCGUUAGUAGUAGCAAGCAGGCACAUAGAGCCGGCAGGCCACGAUAGCUAAAUCAGCUUAUCAAGCCGCUGGUGAUUGGUGACGUGCUUCGGUAUCGUUUCGUUUUUUACAACUUUCUCACUAUCUAUUACCACAGUGUGGGUCUGGCAGUCUGUUUAUCUGGCAGUGUUUCAUAGGGAAUCACGUUACAAAACAGGUCACGGCUGGACACAAGACUCUCGAGAAUGGGUUUUAAUAUUGACAAGUGGCAGUUGAGAUGCAAGUGCGCAUCAUCUCAAUUUCUUUUUUUCCCAAAACACUUGCAGACACUAUGAAACGCAUCAGAAAACAGCCACUCUUUAAAGGGCUUUGGGGCCAAGUCUUUUUUCAACGUAACAUUGCUGAUGUCUUGUCUUAUGUGAACCAGUCCGAGUCCGAGGCUCUGCAUAAUGGACAGAGUUGUCUCACUGUCUGGAGGUUCACUGCUAUGAUUGGACAGAGUGCAAUCAGCGCAGCUGCUUCUCCGUGCAUUCUCCCAUCCCCGUCCUCUGGUGUUACCAUCCUGUGUUAGUGGGAAAGUGGACAUGUAAUCCAAACCAAACGCUGUUGUAAUUUGUGACAACCUUCGUUACACAAAUCUCACAAAAUUCAGUUUUGGAAUAUACUGACCCACAUUAUUCUACUUACACUUUUUAAUCAAGUGGCACUGGAAUAAAUGUUUCUGACUAAUAUCGAUGCCGCACAGAGAAGUCGUUUUUUUGCGUUCAGUUGCCCUUUGAGGUUAGGAUUGGGGAGGGGAAACUUCACCCCGGAGCGUCUCAUUCCUAAAAGGUUCCAUCCCCAGAAAAUAAAAUGCAAAAUACAAAGGUUGAUGUUUCUGAAAAUAUUUGUGCUGUACAAGAAUGAAUGAAAGUAGGAUUUAUGAGUAAUUUCAAGAAACCAUUUAGGAACAAUAGAGGGGGUUCCAUGUGUUGUUUUUGUUCUACCAGUAUUGCUUGUCAUUUUCUACCUGCUAGAUUCAGUGGUACAACGUGUAAUGGUUGAAUAAUAAUUAGGAAGAUUUAUCAGAAAAUAUCCAAUUGUAUUUUCCCCCCAAAAAUGAGGUAAUAGAUUUUAUUUGACAUUGAUGCAAGGUUUUACAAAAAAAUAUAUAAUAAAUAAAACUCAUAACUAUUCA